GAGCCAGCUUACUGCUGCUUCACUGACUCUGCUCUCCUGCAUACAGUUUUGCUACUGAGAUUUUUGAGAUGUUUGGUCAUAACCAAGGAAACCAAUGCCCUGUCUAUCCUAAUCAGCCACACCAGCCUGUGCCAGGAGGAUAUCCUUAUGGUCAACCAGGCAUGGUGCCAGCUCCACCCUAUCAGGCCCAGCCCUAUUGUACACCUGGAUGCCAACCAUUUGCCCCACCUUGUGGAGGGUAUGGAGGGCACAGCCAUGGCCACGGACCUGGACAUGGAUGUGAGCAUGGGUACGGUCAUGGCCAUGGAUGUGAGCAUGGGCACGGUCAUGGCCAUGGACACGGCCAUGAACACGGACCUGGGCAUGGUUGUGGGCAUGGACAUGGCCACGAGCAUGGGCGUGGCCGUGGGCAUGGGCAUGGGCACGGGCACGGGCACGGGCAUGGCCAUGGACGCAGACACAGGCACAAGCGUGGUCACAAACAUGGUCAUUGUCACAAGAAAGGAAAAGACUGUCAUGGGUCUUCAAGCAGCUCUUGCAGCAGUGACUCUGACUAGAAUAUGACCGGUGGAUGGGAGGUGAACUGCCACCUGGAAAUCUUCAACCUGCUGGCCUGAGGAUACCAUCUGUAGUUCAUUCAGACAUCUAAAAUUUGAAUAAAUCUGCAUAUAUAUUCUUGGGGAUUAUGACUUGUAAAUCCACGUAUUGGUGUAUUUCACUUCAGAAUUUUCAAAUAAAAUAAAUGUAAACUUUUUUUUUGUUUGCUUCAUGUCAAAGCCUCUAUGUGGCCUUGAAGACUAAGGCAACACAUUUCAUUCUCAAAAGGAUGUCUGACUCUGUUGAUUUACAGAACCAGUUGAAUGCCAACUUCAGCAGCCCCAGUCUGUCACUCUCUCCUGACAGUUUCACAACUAUGUAGAAUGUUUGUUAAGAAAAUCAGAAGUCAUGACAUUUACAUUAUUCUGUAUUUACUUCAACGUAAUUUUGUGGUUCUAUUGAAUUAAACAACAAUCUUGUUUA